AUGCCCACCAACCAAAACGCCUCUUACUCCGUCGGCCUCGCCAUGUCCCCCCCACCACCCAGCGACCUCGGCAGCUACGCCCGCUCCAUGCACCAACACACCAAGCGCCAGAUGGACUCCAUCUCCCAGGCCUCCACCUCCCCCGAGAGGCGCUCCCCAAGCCAGAGCAACGACCGCUCCUCGGGCACAAACAGCAUGCCCAACGGCGUAUCGAACCAGAGGAGAAACCCAGGCGAUUACAACUACCAGUAA